AUGCAACAUCCUACAGUGAUAGCCUUUCUGGCUGCUUCUCUCCUCAUUGCAAGCAUUCCACAUGCCAAAAGUGCUGAUCUGAACUCUGACAAACAGGCUCUUCUCGCAUUUGCUGCGUCACUGCCUCAUGGCAGGAAGCUCAACUGGAGCUCCACCACACCUGUCUGCACUUCUUGGGUGGGGGUGACAUGCACGCCAGAUAAGAGCCGUGUACAUACACUGCGCCUACCUGCUGUAGGACUUUUUGGUCCAAUACCAUCAGACACUCUUGGGAAGCUUGAUGCCCUGGAGGUAUUGAGCCUUAGGUCAAAUCGCCUUACUGUCGACCUCCCUCCUGAUGUAGGAUCUAUUCCUGCCCUCCAUUCCCUCUACCUUCAGCAUAAUAACCUGUCUGGAAUCAUACCAACUUCCCUCUCUUCCAGCUUAACAUUCUUAGAUCUGUCAUACAACACUUUCGAUGGAGAAAUCCCAUUGAAAGUGCAAAACCUUACUCAACUUACUGCAUUGCUUCUCCAGAACAACUCACUUUCUGGACCCAUUCCUGACCUCCAACUUCCCAAAUUGAGACAUUUGAAUUUGAGCAACAAUAACCUCAGUGGGCCAAUACCACCUUCCUUGCAGAGGUUUCCAUCAAGUUCCUUCUUAGGGAAUGCUUUUCUGUGCGGGUUUCCUUUGGAACCAUGUUUUGGAACCGCACCUACUCCUUCUCCAGUAUCACCACCACCACCCAAUAAGACCAGGAAGAGCUUCUGGAAAAAGAUCAGGACUGGUGUGAUAAUUGCAAUUGCUGCUGUUGGAGGGGCAUUGUUGCUUGUUUUGAUUCUCACGCUCUUGAUAUGUAUUUUCAAGAGAAAGAGACACACUGAACCUACCACAGCUUCGUCCAAAGGAAAGGCUAUUGCAGGUGGCAGGGCAGAAAAUCCUAAGGAAGACUACAGCAGUGGUGUUCAGGAAGCAGAGAGGAAUAAAUUGGUUUUCUUUGAGGGCAGUUCAUAUAAUUUUGACUUGGAGGAUUUGUUGAGAGCUUCUGCUGAAGUUCUUGGAAAAGGAAGUUAUGGAACCACCUACAAAGCUGUUCUUGAGGAUGGAACCACAGUUGUUGUCAAGAGAUUGAAGGAAGUGGUGGUUAGCAAGAAGGAUUUUGAACAGCAGAUGGAGAUAAUUGGCAGGGUUGGCCAGCAUCAAAAUGUCGUUCCAUUGCGGGCUUACUAUUACUCCAAGGAUGAGAAGCUGUUGGUGUUUGAUUAUGUCCCAUCUGGUAGCCUUGCUGCUGUUUUGCAUGGGAAUAAAGCUGCUGGAAGAGCUCCAUUGAACUGGGAGACAAGAGUCAAGAUAUCUCUGGAUGUAGCCCGUGGUAUUGCCCAUCUUCAUACUGAGGGAGGAGGGAAGUUCAUCCAUGGCAACAUCAAAGCAUCGAAUGUCCUUCUCUCACAGAAUCUCGACGGUUGUGUCUCUGAGUUUGGCUUGGCACAGAUCAUGACCACUCCACAGACCCCGCCACGGCUUGUUGGAUACCGAGCACCAGAAGUCCUCGAGACUAAAAAAUCAACUCAGAAGUCCGAUGUCUACAGCUUUGGUGUCUUGCUCCUUGAAAUGCUAACUGGAAAAGCCCCUCUUAGAUCCCCCGGGCGCGAGGAUUCCAUAGAACACCUUCCAAGAUGGGUGCAGUCCGUGGUUCGUGAAGAGUGGACCGCUGAGGUCUUCGACGUGGACUUGUUAAGGCAUCCCAACGUCGAGGAUGAGAUGGUCCAGAUGCUCCAGAUCGCAAUGGCAUGUGUGGCCAUUGCCCCCGAGCAGCGGCCUAAGAUGGAGGAGGUGAUCAGGAGGAUCACGGAGAUCCGGAAUUCUUACUCUUCUGGGACAAGGACGCCCCUGGAGGACAAGCCAGAGACUGCACAAGCACCAUGA